AUGAAGAAUCUACCAAUAGCUCUUAUGCUAAUAAUCUCCUCCCUCCUCGCCGCCGCGGCCGCUGCCCCGGCCCCUUGGGUCCAAACCCUCACCAAGGGGAACAAAAAAAUCACAAAGCUCCAUUUCUACGUCCACAACCACGAGUCCGGCCCCAACACCACCGUGUACCGCGUCGCGGCCGCCUCCAUCACCUCCACUUCCCCCACCACUUUCGGCCGAGUCAACGUCUUGGACGACCUCGUCACGGCCGGGCCAGACAUCAACACCGAGCCGGUCGCCCGCGUCCAGGGCGUGGUGGCCUACUCCGACCUCCACACCGUGGCCAUCGCCAUGACCGUCAACUUUUACAUAACCGCGGGAGAGUUUAACAAGAGCACGCUCUGCGUGUCCGUCCGCCUUCCGUUGACCGAGCGGCUGCGGGAGAUACCGGUGAUCGGAGGCACCGGCGCCUUCCGCCUUGCUCGUGGAUAUGCCGUUAGCACUCCUUAUUCAUUUGAUUUUGCGACGGCUAAUUCUGUUCUCGAGUAUACGAUUUAUGUGAUCACUCGCUCGAACGAGAUAGUUUGGACGGGCUUUUGA